CUUUUAGUGACUUCAGUGAGUGACUGCUGAGCGCACGGAGCUGAGAGACUCUACCGCUGUUUCCUAACGAGGCGGACAAGUAAUUGUAGAAAUUUUUGAGCGAUUUUCACUUAAACCGCGUCCUGAACACAGUAAAGAAGGACUUAAAAAUGUUGUAGACUUCCCUGGAAUGUGUGUCUCAUCAUUUCUUCAGCCGUAGGUUUGUUAUAGUAGGACUUUGAAGAACUUACCGUCCCGGGAGACAACUCAACUUUGGGCUAGCGACCUUAUGUGGAUUUUAAGGAAAAAAUGGAGCAGCUCCCCGGUCUCUCCUCGGGAAAAUCACUGAUAUUUGUGGCGUGUCUCAUUCACGUCUCUUUGGCUCUGCAAUGUGUGGACGAUAAGAAACCUUGUGUGAACAACGCGACGUGUGUGACCUUUAACAAUGGAACUGGACACUGCCGGUGUGCUCCGGGCUUUUUGGGAGAAUACUGUCAAUACAAGGACCCCUGCCAGCCUGUUUACUGUAUUAAUGGAGGUAAAUGUAUUGUAUCGCUAUCUGGGGGUGUACCUGUCCCAGGAAACCCCACCUGCACCUGCCCCAUCGGAUACACAGGCGCACACUGUCAGAUGCCCCAAAACUCCUCGUGCUACCCCAACAACCCCUGCAUCAACAAUGGGAAGUGUGAGCUGGUAACAUCUCUGGACAAGUUCAAGUGUCGCUGUCCAAGAGGAUGGACAGGGCCCCGAUGUGAAUACGAGGACAGCUGUCUCUCCAGUCCCUGUGCUAAUGGGGGCGUGUGCACAGCUCAGUCCAGUCAGAACUACAAGUGCUCUUGUCCUUCAGGAUACACAGGUCCCCGAUGCCUCAAUGACACGGACGAAUGUGCAGCCACACCCUCCAUCUGCCAAAACGAAGGCUUGUGCAGCAACACUCCCGGCUCCUACAAGUGUAACUGUGCACCUGGAUUCACGGGGCGACACUGUGAGAGCUCCUAUGUGCCCUGUUCCCCUUCGCCAUGUCUCAAUGGAGGCACCUGCCAAAGCUCAGAGUUCAGCUACUCCUGCCACUGCCUGCCUGGGUUUAAUGGCACAAACUGUGAGAACAACAUAGACGACUGCCCGGGACACCAGUGUGCCAAUGGAGGGACCUGUAUGGAUGGAGUCAACACUUACAACUGUCAAUGUCCGCCAGAGUGGACCGGUCAGCAUUGUACUGAAGAUGUUGAUGAGUGUCGACUACAGCCCAACACAUGCCAAAAUGGAGGAACAUGCAGUAACUUACCAGGCAGUUACGUGUGUGUCUGUGUUAAUGGUUGGAUGGGUCCUGACUGCUCUGAAAACAUUGACGACUGUGCAACAGCAGCGUGCUCCCAGGGCUCCACAUGUAUCGACCGCGUAGCCUCCUUCAUCUGUCUCUGCCCGCAUGGAAAGACUGGUUUGUUGUGCCAUAGAGAUGAUGCUUGUAUUAGUAACCCGUGUAGAGAAGGCUCCCAUUGUGACACCAACCCAAUCAGUGGCAAAUUUAAUUGCAACUGUCCGAUAGGGUACAUGGGCAGCACCUGUAACAUAGACAGAGAUGAAUGCAGUAUUGGUGCUAACCCAUGUGAGCACGGGGGUCAGUGUGUCAAUACUGACGGGUCCUUCACCUGUAACUGUGUGCGUGGCUAUGCUGGACCUCGCUGUGAGCAAGAUGUCAAUGAAUGUGCUUCAAACCCAUGUCAGAAUGAUGGCACCUGUUUGGACCGCAUUGGAGAGUAUACAUGCAUCUGCAUGCCUGGAUUUGAAGGGACUCACUGUGAAAUUGAAAUGAACGAGUGUCUAAGCUCUCCUUGUUUGAACCAGGGUAAAUGUUUGGAUCAGGUCAGUCGUUUUGUCUGCGAGUGCCCAGCAGGUUUUAGCGGUGAAAUGUGCCAAAUAGACAUCGAUGAAUGCUCCAGCACACCCUGUUUAAAUGGGGCUAAAUGCAUUGACCGGCCAAAUGGAUAUGACUGUGAAUGUGCUGAAGGCUUUACGGGUGUGCUCUGUGAGGAGAACAUUAAUGAGUGCGUGCCCGAGCCUUGCCAUCAUGGUGAGUGUAAGGACGGCAUCGCCACCUACACCUGUGAGUGCAAUCCAGGAUACACCGGCUCCAUUUGCAACAUCCAGGUGCAGGAGUGCCAUAGUAACCCCUGUCAGAACCGAGGCCGCUGUAUUGAUCUGGUCAAUGCUUACCAGUGCAAUUGUCCACCAGGCACCAGAGGUGUGAACUGUGAGUAUAAUGAUGAUGAUUGUGCUAGUAAUCCUUGUGAAAAUGGAGUGUGCAUUGAUGGCAUCAACGAGUACACAUGUGUCUGCACUCCGGGAUACACAGGAGCAAAGUGCAAUGUGGAGAUUAAUGAGUGUUCCUCAAACCCGUGUAUGAGUGGCGGUACUUGUGUGGACAAAGUAAAUAGUUUCCAGUGCCAGUGUCCUCCGGGCACCCACGGUCCUCUGUGUCUCUCUGGGAUGGACCACUGCGCUCACCGGCCCUGUCUUCAUGGAGAGUGCAUUGAACAACAGCAUGGAUACCACUGUGAGUGUGAGCCUGGUUGGACAGGAGAGCAUUGUGAAUCAGAGAGAGAUGAGUGCCAAAGUCAUCCAUGCCAGAAUGGUGGCAGCUGUGUGGACCAUCACAAUGGAUAUACCUGUCAAUGCAAAGCCGGCUACAGAGGUAUGAAUUGUGAGAUUGAUAUAAAUGAAUGUGCCUCCUGGCCAUGUCAGAAUCGCGGCAUCUGCGUUGAUGGAGUCAACAGUUACACUUGCCGUUGCAGUCCACCUUACACAGGUAAACACUGUUCAGAGGAGCUUGCUCCCUGUGCCUCUCGUCCUUGUGAAAAAGGCGGAGUUUGUCGUCCAACUCCAGACUACACAUCUUAUACCUGCCAAUGUCCAGUCGGAUGGCAAGGUCCACGCUGUAGUGAAGAUGUUGAUGAAUGCAAAAAGAAUCCUUGCAAAAACAAUGGGAAUUGCAUUAACAGUCCUGGCAGCUACUUGUGCAAAUGUCAACCAGGCUAUAGUGGACACAACUGUCAGACAGAUAUAGAUGAUUGCUCUCCCAACCCAUGCCUAAAUGGAGGAUCAUGUGUGGACAUAGUGGGAGGGUUCACCUGUGAUUGCCGUCCAGGAUUUAAAGGGUCCCGUUGUGAGACUGAAGUUGAUGAAUGCGCCUCACACCCUUGCAAGAAUGGGGCCAGCUGCAGAGACUAUGUUAACAGCUUUGUGUGCGAGUGUCGUCCAGGAUUUGAUGGGAUUCUAUGCGAACGUAACAUUCUUGAAUGCACAGAAAGUUUGUGCUUGAACAAUGGAACAUGCAUCGAUGAUAUAAAUACCUUUUCAUGCCGCUGCCGUCCUGGUUUUUAUGGCACUUUCUGUGAAUAUGAGCACAAUGAGUGUGACUCUCAGCCCUGUAAGAAUGGAGGGACUUGUACUGAUGGUCUGGGCACCUAUCGCUGCACCUGCCCUGCGGGAUACAAUGGACCCAACUGUCAGAAUCUUGUAAACCUGUGCACCCACGUUCACUGUAACAAUGGAGGGUCCUGCUCUCAGACAACCACCACCUGGACCUGCCACUGUACAAUGGGAUGGACUGGCCUUUACUGUGAUGUUCCUAAUAUGUCAUGUGAAGACUAUGCUGCCAUAAAAGAUCCGAAAAUGAAGGUGGAGGAUGUAUGCAAGAACGGUGGGCUUUGCAUAAAUGUUGGAAAGUCCCAUCAGUGCCAAUGCCAAACUGGAUACACGGGUAGUUAUUGUACAGAUGUGGUCGAUGAAUGUAAGUCAAAUCCCUGUCGCAACGGAGCUACAUGUGUCAACUAUCUGGGCACAUAUGAAUGUAAAUGUAAACCAGGCUUUCAGGGAGUCAACUGUGAAUAUGAUGUGGAUGAGUGUCACUCAAAGCCCUGCCUCAAUGGUGGAACCUGUAUCAAUCUCAUUAACCACUUCACCUGUGCAUGUCCGCCAGGAACUCAUGGGGUACAGUGUGAGGUAAACGAGGACGACUGCGCUCCCAAAUCAGGCUCCUCUGAGCCGCGCUGUCUGAACGGGGGGCAGUGUGUAGAUGGGAUCGGCCGAUACACCUGCACCUGUCCUCCGGGGUUUGUGGGUGAACACUGUGAGGGAGAUCUCAAUGAGUGUUUGUCUGAGCCCUGUCAUGCUCCUGGCAGCCUGGACUGUGUGCAGCUGGACAACGACUAUAAGUGCCGCUGUCGCCUAGGUUACACAGGGCGACACUGUGAGUCUAUGGUAGAUCUGUGUUUGUCCAAGCCCUGCCAUAACAGUGGCACUUGCUUUAUGAACAUGAGCUCAGUCCAUGGUUAUAUCUGCUCCUGUGCCCCUGGUUUCACUGGAUAUAACUGUGGUGAACUAGUAGGAUGUGCCAAACUACGAUGCCUGAAUGGUGGGCACUGUGUGGAUCAGCCAUCGGGUCAUCUGUUCUGCCAGUGCCAGUCCGUCUUCAGUGGUCCACACUGUGAAAAGUGUGGAUGCAAAAAUGGAGGAACAUGCGCCAAAGACCCUUCAAACCCAUAUCAGCACAUCUGCGUCUGUCCCCUACACUUCUCUGGCCGAUUUUGCCAAGUGUCAUCACCACCCAAACGCAUGUGCCCAUACCCCCAGUGUGAGAACCAGACAGAGGAUAAAGUAUGUGAUGAUCAGUGCAACAACUACGAGUGUGAGUGGGAUGGUGGAGACUGCUCUCUCAACUGGAAACAGCCCUGGAUUAACUGUACCGCCAGUGUCCCCUGUUGGGACUUGUUCAAGAAUGGACGCUGUGAUAAGGAGUGUGACAACCCUGGGUGUCUCUUUGACAGCUUUGAAUGUCGAGGGGAUGUCCCAGAGCCUUGCAAAUAUGACAAGUACUGUGCAGAUCACUAUGAUAAUGGAUACUGUGACCAAAGCUGCUACACUGAGGCGUGUGGCUGGGACGGCCUCGACUGUUCAAAGGAUUCUACACCCAAAUUACUGGAUGGUGUUCUGAUUAUUGUCGUGCGACUGCAGCCUGAGGAGCUGCUUGGAGACUUGAGAGGCUUCUUGCGUUCUCUUGGGGCAUUGCUGCAUACAAAUGUAAAAGUAAAGUUGGAUGAAAAUAAUAAACCAAUGGUCUAUCCUUUCUAUGGGCAAGAGGCGGGUUGGCACCUGCUUAAGCGCAGAAGCAAGCGUGAACUAGACAGAGAAGUGAUUGGCUGUCAAGUGUAUCUGGAAAUAGAUAACAGAGAAUGCUUCCAGAGAUCCCCGACUUGUUUCUUAAAUAUAAAUGAAGCUGCAUCCUUCAUUGCUGCUGCUCACAUAAAGGCAGAUCUUCCAUAUCCUCUAGUGUCCAUAGGCAGUGAUCCAACUGUUGUGCCAAAACCAGAGUACUUGAUGUACGUAAUUGGAGUAGCAGUGGUAAUUAUUCUGCUCAUCCUUGUCUUGGGAAUGCUAGCAGCCAAAAGGAGACAUAAACAGGGUAUCUUGUGGCUGCCUGAUGGCUUUUUGCCUUCUAAAAAUGACAAGAGGAAAGAACCUGUUGGGCAGGAUGACUUUGAUCUGAAAAAUUUCAAGACGCAAGAUGGAAAUGUGAUCGACCACAAUUCGGGGUGGCUUGAAGAUGAAGCAGAACCCAAGAAGCCAAGAACUGAGGACAAACCAUUACUGCCCAUUGCUAUGGAUGGAAGUGUGGAUCAAAGACAAUGGACCCUACAGCAUCGCAAAGCUGCUGAUAUCACUCUAACACCACCACAGGCCGAUAUGGACACUGAUUGCCUUGAUGUGAAUGUCAAAGGCCCAGAUGGUUUCACACCACUGAUGUUGGCAUCUUUGCGUAAUGGUGGAGGUCUUGACUGUAGCUUGCAUGGAGAUGAAGAGGAGGAGAGUGGAGGUGAAGAACAAGGACCAAGUGUCAUUUCAGACCUGAUAUCUCAAGGUGCUUCUCUGAUGGCCCAGACCGACCGCACAGGAGAAACUGCUCUGCAUCUAGCUGCACGCUAUGCUAGGGCUGAUGCUGCUAAACGCCUGCUGGAUGCUGGAGCUGACCCCAAUGCUCAUGACAAUAUGGGCCGAACUCCGCUUCAUGCAGCAGUGGCUGCAGAUGCACAAGGAGUCUUUCAGAUCCUGAUCCGUAACCGUGCAACUGAGCUUGAUGCCAGGAUGAAUGAUGGUACCACUCCUCUGAUCUUAGCUGCCAGAUUGGCUGUGGAGGGCAUGGUAGAGGAGCUGAUCCACUGCCAUGCUGAUAUUAACGCAGUAGAUGACCAUGGCAAAUCUGCUCUGCACUGGGCAGCAGCAGUAAACAAUGUAGAAGCUACACUGGUUCUUCUCAAGAAUGGAGCUAAUCGUGACAUGCAAGAUAACAAGGAGGAGACACCCUUGUUUCUUGCUGCCAGAGAGGGCAGCUUUGAAGCUGCUCAGGUACUGUUGGAUCAUUACUCGAACAGGGACAUAACGGAUCACUUGGACCGAUUACCUCGUGAUACUGCUCAGGAGCGCAUGCACCAUGACAUUGUUCGUCUGCUGGACCAGUACAAUUUGGUUCAUAGUCCUCAUAAUGGGCAGCACAUGGGAGGAAACUCCUCAAUUGUUUGUGGGGCUAAUGGAGGUGGAUACAUUGGCAUGCGCACUGGGCCACAGGGGAAGAAGAGUAGGAGAGGAGGAGGUGGAGCAAAAGUGGCUGGAGGAGGACCUAAGGAGCUUAAGGACAUGAAGGCCAAGCGCAGAAAGAAGCCCACUGGAGUAGAAGCGCCAGUGACAGGUGGAGGUGCAGCAGGAAAUGGGACCAGCUCAGCAGGAGCCCAAACAAAUGGUGUGAAGACGGCAGCACUCCCCGAGAGCUCCAUCACCAUGUCCCCCGUGGACUCCCUGGAGUCCCCUCACUCAUAUACUGGGGACGUGUCUGCUCCUGUUUCCACUACAGCAAACUCCCCUCCCCUUCUCAACAGCCCUAGCAGCAGACCUCUGCUACCUCCGGUCAGCCACAUGCUAGGCCAGCAGCAGGGCUGGGUGGGCAUGCCCAAACAUGGGUAUAACGGCUCCAUGUUUGGCUUAGUGCCACACCAGAUGGGUGGGGCGCACCCUGGCAUGAGCCAACACCGCGGCCAGGGGGCAAUGUUGACACCAAUGAAUGUGACCAUGAGCAGAGAGCAGCUUCCUCCCAUCGUCACCUUCCAAAUGUUGUCCACUGGUGUGGGACAGCCCAUGCUGAAGCAGCCCCAGCCUGGGCAGGUCCAGGUCACACAGUCCCAAACCCCGCAGCACGGGCCCCCUCCUCUGCACUGCUCCCAGAUGUACCAAAUGCCUGAGCAGAUGAACAUGACACAUGCCCUAUCUCACGCACUCCCACACGCCCAUACGGUCAACCACGGAGGUCACAGCAUUGACGGCCAGUCCCGAGCACUGCCUUCCUACCCCACUAUGCAGAGCCCAGUGGAUAAGUACCCCACACCCCCGUCUCAGCACAGCUACACCCCAGCCAACUCAGAGGGCACCACUCCGGGUCAUUCUGCCCAUCCUGCCAGCGAGCACCCUUACCUCACCCCUUCUCCAGAGUCUCCAGACCCAUGGUCCUCCUCCUCCCCACACUCCAACUCGGACUGGUCAGAUGUGACCACAAGCCCCACCCCUCUGGGCACUGCCCACCAUGCACUAGCCUCUUCACAUCGCACACACAUUCCAGAGCAGGCACAGCACCAGCAACAGUCACAGCAAAUGCAGCAAGCAUCACAGCAGGCUCCGCUUGGGAACAUGCAGGUGUUUGCAUAGACUUAUCCAAAGCAGAUGAACUCUGUGUAGUUUAACUACAUGAAUUAGUGACUCAUAAACUGCUCUAUUUCUUUAUCAGUAUAAUAUUUGUUUAUCUUUUAAAGGUUGAUUGUUUCCUCUUUCUUAAUGCACUUGAUAAGUCUAUGUAUUGUUUCCAAAAGUAUUACUCAUAAAUACGCAAGUUCUCAUCAGCACAAUGUUCAUGCAGUAAUCUCAAAGGCUUUAGUUUGAAAACUUGCCUUUUUGGUCUUGGGCCAUUUAAUGGUGAUGGGUUGUGGAAUCCUUCAGAAACCACUGACUUUGUCGGCAUAAUAGCAAAAAUUGUUGCAUAGAACGGGUGUUUUGUUUGUUUUUUGUGUGUACAAUAUGUCAAUACUAACUUGUGGAACCUUUAAAUCUAAUGCUUUUAUAUGAUGGGUCAAAUGAUGCUUUUAUUCUUAAAGCUGAACUUCUACAGGAAAGAUGAUCACUCUGAAUGAUGCUUGUAAAUGUAUGCACACGUCUUUGUAUGUCUUAAUCUGUUCCAUGACGAAAAACCUUUUAGUAUUUUCACACUUGAGAUCUGCAUGCACCGGAUGCAUUAGAUGAUGUUUACUUGUUGAAGUGAUGUCUUAUUACUCAUGUUUCAUAAGUACCCAUUUUACUAAAUUCAGCUACAGCAAUGUGUAAUUGUUUUUUUGUUUUUUUUUCGGAACUGAAAUUGAAAAGCUGGACAAACUUUACAGAAAAACAUGAAUUAAUGUGUAGUGUGAUAACAUGUACAUAGACAUAUAGCACAUUCUGCUUGUUUUUUUUAGUUUUGUUUUUUUUACAGAGAUCAGCAGUGUUUAAUGAGUAUCUUUCUGUUUUAUAUGAAAAAUUCGCACUUCAGUUAUUUUGAAUGUUACAGAGGUGCUAGUUUUCCUCUUUAGUGUCUUCCAAAGUCAUGAAUCAGAUUUCGCUUUAAUACAAUCAGUCUCUGCUUGCACCUUUGAUAAUUCACCUUGACUGUUGACUAUUAUGGACAGACAAUCAUUCAAAAAUCCAAAAAAUAGCACCACAAUAUUUUUGACCAAAUUUUUGGGUGAAAAUAAUUUGAAUGAAAAAAUAGAAUUUCUUACAAUUAUUUUUUAAAAAGAUAUGCAAAGCAAUAUUUAAAUAAACAAAACCAAAUAGUUUAAUGUAAUUCUGACGUUACAAUCCUUUGUAAUUUAACGUAUCAUCAAAAGCUUGUCUUCUUUGUUCUGUAUAUAAAUGUUUUGUUGUUUUAUGUUCAUUGUACUUUGUUACCAAUAAUCUAUAAUAGACAUGUUACAUGAAGUAGUUGUCAGCAUAUUUGUAUAAGGUAGAGAACUAAAUAAAGACAUUUUGUUAAAAAAAAAAAAAAAAGAACAUCUUAAUGCUUACUGAAAUAAAAGGUCAGUGCAAACACUCA